CACUAUUAUAUACAGUUUGCUUUCUUCUUUUACAUGAUUCGGACUACUAUAAUAUAAGUAUAGCUGGUUAUGGCUCGUAUCAGUAAAUUAAAAGCCGCGAAGUUUAAUGUACACGCCUUAAUCAAGCUUCAAGCGGCUAUCGAAAAGGAUCCGGAGAUUGACCUAACCGCGAAAUUGCUCUUGAGCUAUUCAGCCUCUAAUAUUUGCUACGGAGAAGACGAUAUUCGCACUUCUAUCUGCUUGUCCGACUCGGCUGAGAUUAUUUUUUUUCUGUCCGAUACAGUUCAAAGUCUAUUUGGGAUGUUUAAUUCGGCCGAAAUGCAACCCAAGGUUGUCUGGAAGGAGUUUUUUGCCUGUCAGAAAAUGGCUGUACGCAACCUGGACGAUACUACUGAAUAUAUAAUUCUAGUCUAUCUUUACCAGCGUAAGCUGAAUAUAGCCGCACCAAAGCCUUUUAGUUUAAUUCGGUUGAACGAUAUUUUGCUUAUAUUUAUAACUUACUUGCAUUCGACCACGUUGGCGGAGGUGUGGCCAUCUCUAACAACAGCCCAAAAGAUCUCGAUCAAGAAACAACUUAUCUUGAUCCUGAAUGACUUGAGGUCUUUGCCGUAUGAAACAGGCAAUCCCUUUGGAGAAAUCAGGGGCGAAGGUUGUAAGGACAUUCGAAGGCAUCUUCAACAGAGUAGUAAACCUAUUGUAACUGUCGAUGAGUUUGAAGAUUUUCUCUUCAGCAGUAAUCGGGCUGGUGGGGGGGUCUUUGUUGAAUUGCUUCGUCAGCUUUUCCCUAAAUACAGUGGAUACUAUUCCGAGUAUUAUGAAGCGAUCAGGUGUAUAAACUGUAUGGCGUCUUAUGAAGAAAAUGAUUGGUACCUAUUUAUCCCGGAUUGUGUUUUAUCGAAACGAUAUAUGGAUUGGUGGCUGCUUGACCGGGCUCGAGAAGUGAGAGAUGUGUAG